CUUUCUUAUCAGUAUUUAAUACGGUCGCCAGUCUUUGAAGUUGGUAUACAUAAAUAAACAUUCAAAUUGACGAUGAAGCUUGAAUAUUUUCUAUGGUCCCUAACAGUUAUAUUGGUUGGAUAUGGUUUCAAAACAUGCUUGUCUGACCACCCAGAACACACAGACCUAUCAUUUCAAUAUGAGCCUGAUUCUAGAAUGUUUGGAGUUAAAUUUAUACUACAUCGAAAGAGACAGUGCUACGCUUACAACAUGACGGAGUCGGAGCAUUCAUUGAUACAUACCCCAGGAGGCUUGACAUCAGUAGAGUCGACGGUUCUAACAUUGGUUACAAAUGCUACACAUCUUGCUCAUAUCACUCACAGGGAAUCGAUUAGCCAAAUCAGUCGUAACUUCGCCAAUUUUUGUGGUAACACCGCGGUAUAUCUUUUGAACUGA